AUGGCGGAGCUGGUGAACUUGGCAUCUGUGCUGGCCGCUGUCCAUGAAUCGUGGGCCAGGUUCUUAUGGUCGAGCGACAUCAUCCAGGUGUGUAUUUGCUGUCGAGCUGUCGUGUCUGCAGUUGAAGGAUUGAAGGGGCGCGCCGUUCAGGUGGAUGUGGAGGAUCUUCGCGAGUAUCGUUGGCGAUUUCCGAAUGUGUCUGGUCGCAUGCUGUGCAAGGAUGGAGGCUUGAAGAAGCUGGACUUGCGAGCGGUCCAAUGCGUCGAACUGCCGGCAGCCCGACGUGAAGUUGAUCUACGCUGGUUGCCUCGACACGCUUCCAUAUGCUGGUAUGCCCCGACAGACAUAGAAGCAUCGGAGGAUGCCCUUGAGGACGAGUUGCCCGAAGGAAAGCUAUUAGGGCUCCGCCUGGGUGUGUGCGUUGAAGAAGGUGGUUUCCGGAGUCCUAUUUUCCUGGCGCCCACAGGAUCAGACAGGUCGGAAUUGAAAAUGCAAGUGCGCUGGUUUCCGGUGGGAAAUGCCCUCUGCCCCCGCGAGGGUGGAUGUUCCCUUUACCUGAUCGCGGAAGCGGACAUGGAACACUCCUCGAUGGCCAUUACCUUCGAGCUCGGGGCAGGGAGAUUACGCAGAGUGCUGCAUCACGAUUUUGCACACUGUCCACAGUGGGGAAGUGCAGACUUUGGAGAUCUAGCCGCUGAAUUAGGAGGCCAAGCCAGCGACGGAGUGUGGUUGCAAGUUACAUUGUUGGAGGUGCCAGCAGCCUUCCGCCUCUGCCGUUCGCCGGAUCCAUGCGAGCUGACCUGGCGCAUCGAGAAUUGGUCCGGCAAGCAGGGAUUCGGCCCGGCUGCUUAUGUGUCCGAGCAGUUGGGUUUGGAGGGAUGCCCCUCCAUGAAGCUGCUCGUGGGUCUCUGCCCGUCUCCAGAUUCUGAGGACUUGGUUGAGCCACGACCGCCUUCGGGCAGGCCCCUUGCACUGCAGCCGCUGGCCUUGUUUGUCGGGGCAGCUCCCGGCACCGCUUGCAGAUUCUCCCUCCAGGCAGGGACGAGGCGAUGCGUUUUCUACCACACCUUCAGUUUCUUGGAGGCCUUUGUUGGACGCCGCAUCUUCCUAAGUGCAGCACAGGAUGCUGCAGUCGAGGGCGAUGCGCUCGAGGUGAUCCUGAAACUCCUUGGGGACAACCCGGGCCCAGCUGGCCAGGAGGAACAAGAGGUCGACACGCUGCCUGCUGUGUGA